GUUUAGUUGGUGUUCAACCAAACGUUAGGAUGGGUGGUCUAAGCAUGAUCAAAGCAACUUAAACUGUGGUGUGAUUGUUGGUGCCAGACAUAGUGGUUCCAGCAUCUCAGAAACAGCUGCACUCCUGGGAUUUUUACACUCAAGAGUCUCUAGAGUUUACAGAAAAUGGCGAGAUGAAGAUCAUUGCCAUAGGGACUUGCUAUCUGAACUUAAAUAGAUCCUGUGAAUUCUGUGUAAAUCAGAAAUGCUGGGAAUCUUCAUGGGUCCUAUUGGACAAUCUGUGUCAAUUCCAGGUCUAGACCUACGUAUCCUUCUAAUUCCUUAUAAAUAAAAGAACAAAGCUCUGUUUCUUACACAAUAUCGUGUCCGAAUUGACGUAUUGUGCAAAUGGUCGCUUGAAAACUGAAAUAACUGCUUUUUAAAAAUGUAAAAACAUGGGUUUUGUCUAUCGUAGGGCGUUCUGUUGCGCUGAUUCACAUAAUUCACUGAAGACUCCUACUGCUGAGCGAUUCGCAUGUUGUACAGAUAUGUGAAUUUUCGCGAGCAGAAUCAUUUCGGAUAAUUCUGCAGACUUUACUCGUAACAUUCUGUAUCCGUCACAGAGGCGUUAUUUCAAGUGAGAACACGAGCAAAAUCACUUAAUCAAACAUCCUGUGUCCAGCGGCAAACUCCCGGUACUUUAAGUUGAACAAAUCUACCAAUCCAUAGAUACAUUCUAUUCAUCUGCGAAGAAUCUACAUUGACCCCUGUCGUCACUUCCUUUGACGACGACACACCCCCUUCCGACAACCAAUGAAGUGAUUCAGGUCCGGUGUGAAUCUGAAACCGCUGCAGACUGGAGCCUGCCGGUUACCUAGGUAACAGCAGAGGCAGUACGAGACCAGAGCAGCACUGAAACUGUCAGAUGGCCUGGAGAGGUUGUGUCCUGCGCCGGCAGCUCAGAGAUGUCUACCAAACUGUUGCCCCGGUUACGGUUAGCACGGCUACCAUCAGCCGAAUUAAAGAAUCUCAGAGGCGGUUCCUCCAUGUGGGAGAGCGGGCCUCUCUCACCAAGGCCUUCAGUGCCAGGGACGUGGCCACUUUUGCUGAGCUGACAGGGGACAUGAACCCCAUCCACCUGGACCCUGCCUACGCCAAGACCACAUCCUUCGAGAGCCCCAUCGUGCACGGGGUGCUGAUUAACGGGCUGAUCUCUGCGGUGCUGGGCACGGAGAUGCCAGGCAGCGGCUGCAUAUUCCUGUAUCAGGAGAUCCACUUCCCGGCCCCCCUCUACGUGGGAGAGGAGGUGCUGGCUGAAGCGGAGGUGAAGAAGAUUAAGAUGUCCUUCGCUCUCAUUUCUGUCUCUUGUUCGGUGAAGGACAAAGUAGUGAUGAAAGGAGAGGUGAUGGUGAUGGUGCCAGAAAAGAAAAAAGGAUGAGUCCAAGACCGAGUCCGAGACUGAGUCCGAGUCUGAGAGUCUGAGACUAAGACUGCCACUCCUCUUUUUGUUGAGUUCUGUAGGUGUUUGUUUAGUGUGUUAAGGGCAAAAUCAACAAACCUUUGCUUUAAAAUACUGUAACCUCCCCUCCUCCAUGUAAAUCUAAAAUGCUUUGAAUAUUUGUAAUGAUUAUCUAGGCUUAAUAAAUCUUCUGUCCCCAGUA